AUGCCUACAAGGGCACCAACCAGGCAUCAAACACGACUGUGUGCCUACUUUUAUUCCUAUGGGAAACAGUGCGGCACACGAACAUUCCCAUUUCUUGUUCUUCCUCUUUUGUUCAUUGCCUUUUACUCCUAUACCUUCAUUUUCCAUUCUGUCACCUCGAUCACGCCCUCAACAACAACCAACCACGUCGAUGCACGCUUUUGGGAAUUCUCUCCUCACUUGCAACCCGAAAAUGCGACAUUGUCUUCACUACCAGGUCUCAUUGUACAACAAGUGCGCAUUACCAACGACAAACGCAGCGUCGACUCUACCUUGUUGCACCAUGCACGCGAUAUUGAACGAGCGUUGACCAGUCAUUCAGUUACAGUGGAUGGCAAGUUAUCGUCGCUUGCGAGCAUAUGCAAAUUACAUUAUGGACAAUGCAUGAUUCAUUCACCCACACACUACUGGAAUGAUAAAGAACAAGAAAUGAUGGAUUCUUCCAUGAUGGAUAUUAUCAACACGCGUGCCGGCUCAGUUUCCGAGACAACCGGAUUAUCCAUGCACCCACUCUCAGUCUUUGGCAACGUCACCCUUGACAACCAUGGACGCUUCCGUUCAGCCGAUUCUAUCAUCAUCACAGUCUUUUUGCAACAACAAGCAUCAUCACCUUACAUGGCCUAUUCUAAACGUGUAUGGGACGCACUGUGGCAAAGUGUCAGCACGCAAAUGCACAUUGAACCCCUACCGGUGGAUGGCGGUGAUCAUCAUCAUCAUCAGGAGUCAGAUGCAGCAGCAGCAGCAGCAGAAGCAGAAGCUUGGCAAACACAAUUCCAUAUGCAUCCACAAUUACUAAACUACAAGUUUAAAAUCUUGAUAUUGGAUCACGCCUAUCUUUAUCUUGGAGCCUUCAUCCUUGUAUGUUUUAUCGCCUCUGGUUUGUUUACUGGAUAUGCGCAUCAUGUCCGUUCUCAAUUCGCACACGGCUUUGCAGUCAUGUUUACGGUGGUUGCAUCUUACACGACGACGUUGGGGAUUCUUGAUUCAUUCGACAUGAAGCCUUCGAUUGCACCAUGGUACCUCUUGCUGGUGGUUCCUACUAUGGCGUCCAUUGAAAACAUGCUACUCUUGACAGAAGCCGUUCUCAGCGCGGGUUGUGAUAUGCAAAUCAAAGAAAAAAUCGGUCGUGGACUUGAAAGCGUCGGAUUACCCAUGACCUUGACUCUACUAGCAGAACAAGUCAUUCUCGCUAUUGGCACUGCCAUGGAUGUCCCAUUGAUCAAUGAAUUUUGCUUGUUUGCAAGGAUUGCUUUACUCGUGGGUUAUGCACUUGAUUUGACGUUUACUUUGGCGUUUCUUGCCAUUAAUGUCAAAUGUGUCGAGUUGACGGACCUGGAUGAUCGUCAAACAUCGAAGCGCCUUCGUGAACUUGCUAAAUUUGGCAUGGAUGAAGACCAAGCAGACGACUUUUGCCCUGUUCAAGAACCUGCUGAUGACAAUGUUCCAAAAAGCUGUGCAGAGUGCAAGCAAUUCAAGACGCAUAGAACAUACAAUGCUUUGAUGCUAUGCCUUAUCAUUCUUUCAUUGACAUUGCUGCGACCUUCUAUUCAAUACGCAACGCCCACGGCUGACAUGAAUAUGGAACUACGAUCCGUGUCACAUCGAUUUUGGAACAUGGCCAACCCACUUCAUCGGAGAAUGGCUCUUCAAGUCAAUCCGCCUCAACUUGUCAUCUAUGCACCCACAGCUAUGGAUGGAUAUUUACAUGCGCAUCGUAUCGAGGAACAUUAUCGCACCAAAACUUCUUUGGAUAGCAUGCAUCUGAUCCAGCCAACAGCAGCCGCACCAAUGAUGGAACAACAACCCCGGCAGCCAUCUCGAUUUCGUAAAGCCGUGUUUACAGCCAUUCAAAAAGUCAUUGAAUUUUUAAUGCAAAUCAACCUACCCUCCGUUCUAUUGACGCUCGUACUUGUUGGUAUCCUUAUGUGGCUCAAUCCAUCUUCGCAUGAACGAUGGCUUCAACCCAUGUGGCGAUUCCUUAUUGACGAUGUGCUGGAUAUGAUACGUAUUAAGGUGAUUCGUAUCGUGUCAUGGAGCGACAAUUAUGACGAGGAUGGUGUCCAUCGAGGUGCCAUUUCUGCUCAAAAGCAAUUUAAUCAGCAACAAUUGGAACACAACAUCAAGGAUGUCACUAUCAAGACUUUGUCGGGAAGACACAUUGCUGAUAUUCGACGCUUGGCCAUCAAUGCCAAACAUGGCACGGUGGUCUCUUGUGGCCAGGAUGGAAGGAUUAUCAUGUGGGAUGCUGAUCAUGCUGAAUGGAUGGCACGUCUGGAUCGUAUGCGAAAGACACAUGGUGAAAUCAUGGAAGCAGAUCUCAAUCCAAAGUAUUGGAGAAAGGGGGAGAAUCGACGCAUGAUACGCAACAACAACAUGACCACCAGCAAUGAUCUUCAGUCUACCUUAAUGCAAUCGGCUCGAUGUAUCAAAAUGGACCAAGGCAACAAGUGGAUAGCUGCUGGAUUCGAUGAUGGCAUUAUACGUGUAUGGAGAAUCACCACUGGCACCUUGUUGCGUGAACUACGUGUUGAGACCCGAAUGCCAGUAACCAUUGAAGAACAACAAGAUCCAACGACACUAAUGACAUUACGCCACCGCAAAGCAGCCAACAAUGACGAGUCUUUGAUAAGGAACACACGACGCACUGUAACGGAUCGAGUGGUGGCAGUUCAAUUUAUUGGUGCAGUGACCGAAUAUUGUCAUCCUUUGGUAGCCGAGGUAGCAGCCAAACAACGUGUCAAGAAUGCCUAUGACGACUCUUCACAAAACUUCCUUGUCUCAGUACACAAGAGUGGAAUGAUGCGUGAAUGGGAUAUUCUUUCUGGUGAAUGUAUCCAAUCCUUUCCUUCGGGUCAUCAGCGCGACGUUACAGUGUUACAUGUGGUGGAAUGUAAACCACCGCACCGUAAACUUGGUAUCACAUGGGUGUUUACUGCUUCCAAGGAUGGCUUGAUCAAAUGCUGGGAACGACGACUGGUAAAGCAGCAGCAGCAAAUGGAUGAACCAUUGGAUCAAGACAACAACACCAGCACUACUACUUGGACGUGUGUCUAUACCAUUGAAGGACAUUAUGGACAUGCCAUUACAUCCCUUGCGACUGAGAUACCUGUUGGCGGUAUGGGCAUCCUUGUUAGUGGUUCCAGUGAUGGCGCUGUCAAAGUGUGGGAUUUUGAAUCGGGUGAUGCCGUGUGUACCUUGUCAUCUGGUGGCGUUCAAAGAAAAAGGCCUGAAAUCCAUGCUGGUGGUCCACUCUUGAAGUUUAGCAAGUUCAAUCAUGCUGAAGAUGUCUACUAUGGAAGCGACAAUAUGUAUCGAUUGGAUGAACAUGACAAUGACAAAUCAGCCGAUCAUCAUGGACCUAUUACGCAAGUGGUGGUUACUCGCUAUUGUGAAGUGGAGAAUGGUCCUGGAAUAUGUCGUGGAUGCGAUACAUGCUUUGGCAACGGCUUUGGUAUUGCAUCAUGUUCAAUGGAUGAAAAAGUUCAUGUAUGGCGACUUGAGCGUGCUGAUGGUAAACAUGAAGGAAGCUGCACACUAUGUUCCAAGGAUUAUCAUCAAAAGCGGAGAAAACCACGUCAAGAGGAUACCACCACCAUCAAUGAUUUCAAAUCAACGCGUCGGCGUAAUGGUGGUAAUGGUGGCGGUGGCAGCAGCAGCAGCAGCAUCACCACAACAACCACAGGGCGUCGUGUAUAUGGACCACCUAUGACCAAUGCAUCCAUGGCUCACCAUGAGAGUAGUACCUCUACGGAUGGUUUGGUGGAUAUUGAACAGCUUGGAGGUGAAACCAAUAUUGCAUUGACACCCAGAUUCCUUGGCAAGAUUGAUCAGCUCGCUGGGCGAGGAUUAGUCUUUUGCAAUAAUAUGGUACUUGCUGGUGUGCGCAAGAAACGGCGUGGUGAUUGGGAAGCCUGGUUCGCAUCGCUCAAGUAUUAUGAUGAAGGAUGUCAAGAUGAUGUAACGAUACCCGUCGAGGCAUUUGACCUUGAUACCACACACAAAAAGCAAGCCAAUUUCACCCAGCAUGUGCCAUCCUCCUCUUCCUCCUCAGGCGUCAUUCAAAAUCGUGGUUUAUGGAAUGAUGUCAAACGAUGGCUAUUUGGUGAUGAAGCGGCAGUAAAGAGGCAACAGCAACAACCAUGGGAACAUGAAGAUUCCAGCGAUGACGAUGAAAGUUAUGAUGAAGCCAGUGAAUUACUUCCGUUUUCCACUGUUCGACAUGCUGUACCUUUGGAUGGAUCAGGAAUUGCAUGCGACUAUGGCAACUUUAUCAAGCUUGUAUACCUCGAUGAUCAAUGUCGUAAACGAUCUCAGCUUGUGGAUGAAGCGAUUGCCACCAGCAAAAAAGGAUGCAAGUGUGGUGACAAGUGCGCUGGCUCUUCAGCAUGCUGUGGCGGCAGCAAGUGUAGUAGUGGCGGAGGAGGAGGAGACAAGAAGCAAUGCUGUGGAGGUGGCACUAGUAGUAGCAAGCGUGCUGUACGAAGGCAACGAAACCAAAGUACUGCUACAGUCACCAAAAACCUUUGCAAUGUAUCCGAAUGCUCUACCGCUAAUUGCUCGCGUGCAUCUGAUUGUCCUGUUGCCGCAACAUCGUCAUCAUCAUCAAGCAAAACUCGUAACAUUUACCGCUGGUCUUAA